AUGGAGCUCCUCAUCUCCAUCCUCGGCCUCCUCUUCCUCCUCUGCUCCCUCUCUAUCCUCGGCCUCCUCUUCUGCCACCUCCACAUCUCGGUGCCUGUGGAUCCUCUUGAAUGGCAGAUUUCGCAGGAGAUGGCAAAUAGUAUAGUUGCAUCUUUGGCUAACACAGUUGGAGCUGCUGAGUCUGUAUUGCGGGUGGCUGCAACUGAACAUGACAAGAAGCUCUUUUUCAAGGUGGGUUUUACAUUGUAUUUUCUAGCAGCUUUGGGAAGGGUUGUGUCAGGUGCUGCGAUUGCUUAUGCUGUGCUCUGUAUCUUCUGCCUGUACAUGUUUGCGCAAAGCACCGAUCUGUUUGAUCAGCUCCUUUCUUGGGUCCCUGUAGGAAGAGACUUAUUAGGCAGUGCUCAGGUAUCGCUUGAUUUCCACAUGUACAUCGACUACAGAGUUUUUUCGUCCCCUCUUUUUGUAUGUGGCCUUGCAAGGCAAUAGCUUGAAUUAGAGCAUCUAUGGUGGCUGUACUUAUCGCAACUGUACUUGAUGUC